UGCACGGUCGUAGCUGUGGUGUCGAAUGAGUUAUGUAUUGUGAAAAUCGUUCAUUAGUAUUGUUAAAAGAUAUCAAAGAUGUAAUGGUAUUUAGCUUAAAUUUGCAAGUGAAAAUAACUGCAGUGCAUUGUGAUGAGUAGAAAUCGCAAACAAUUUGAAUACGUUUUAAGCUGUCAACUGUUGUAACAACAACAUAAAGCGUGUUUUAUUAUCUGGCGUAUCUCCAACGAUUCAACAUUUUGGAAACGCUGCCCGCCGCUAACACAUGCUUCUUUUACAAAAUAGGUGUUACACAAAUUUAGUUAUCUAAGAUAAUCGAAAUUUUAGUUGCCAAACAGUACCUACAUGUUCAGGUAUCGAAGAUUGAGGGGAAUCAGGACCCUUUCCAAUUCCAACACAAAUUUCCAAUGGUUUUUCUAAGGGCAAUACCAAUAAAAUUGAGAUUAAAAUGGUUCCGGAGGUUUAAUUUUUUAUAUACGAUGCAUUAUUAUACAUAGUUCAUUAUAAAAUAUACACAAAAACUUAAAAAAACUAGCUUGACCCGAUUCAUUUUAGCUUUGGGGUGAAUAAGGUUACGUAUGGGGACAAUAGUUUUUCGAUAGGGCUGGCACUAUUUAGUUGUUAGGUAGGCACCUAACUUUAGGUAAUUAACUUUUUAAUAUCUUUAAUGACUUACAAGACUUUCAUGACUAAAUUAAACCAUUUAAUAUUCUUAAACACUAAAUAAAAGUCAUUUUCAGUUCAAGAAAGUUCUAACAACUCAACAAAAGUAUAUUGUGACAUCCCAGAUUUGUCCCUAUGCCAUACGCGAAGCAGUUGCUCUUGAGUUGUUAGGUCUCCUUCGGAGGCGCUCGGGCAGCUGUUAGCAAAUCCCACCCCUCCUUGCUGAGCCUUUGCUCGCCCACCUGUCCUGGUGAAACUGGAAAGGCCUCGGGGCGAACAGUAACCCUGCAAUCUUAAAAAAAAAAAAUUAUCCCUAUUCUAACUCUAGUCCCUAUUUCCCCCAAUCUAUUAAAACAAUAUGUCAUUACUGAUUAAAAGAAUGAUAAAACUUUCGCCAACAAAUUGAUGCCUAUAAAAGAUUUGGUAAUGCGAUGAAAGGCGUGGGCCGGUGGGGUUCAUCCAAGAAGGUGAGUUGACGGGGCACGGGCGCUCUCCUUCAGCGAGCAUUAACAUGCGAGACGCGAUGUGCGCGCACAUACUUGCCAUGAGCAAUGCGGAACGUACCGACCUCACUUAGAGAAUUUAAUUGUGUUCCAUUAUCAUAUUUAGGUUCUUUUACGGUAAGUCAAAAGUGAAAACUGAAUGAGAGGCUACAUCGCUUGUCAUUCGUCAGUCGCGAUCGAUGGCGAUAACUUCCUUCGGGCGGUAGCUAAAUUUACAAUCGGCAAAAUGUUGUUUCGGUAUUGUGCUGCUUUACUGGCGCUCGCCGUUUGCGCCUCCGCGAUAGUAGCCCCGAAUAACGUUACCAAGACUGAUACGCUGAAAGCAGAUUCAUAUUUGGCCGCCUAUUCAAAAUCACGGAUAGAAGCAGAAAAGGCAAAACAAGGCGUUAUCAUAGUGACCGCGAAAGACGGCGAAAAGAAAAUAUCGAAUCGUGACGACAGUUCGUCUGGAUAUGAUUAUUCUCCACCGAGCGACAGUUUCAGUUCAUCAGGAUCGUCAAGUUUCUCCGGACCAUCCAGUUACUCGCCAUCUCCGAGUUACGGAACGCCAGUAAAAUUCGAACCUGAAAUUACCUAUGACACUCCCCCUAAUACUUAUGGCCCUCCGUCCCCUAAUUAUGGUCCACCAAGCCAUUCGUAUGGACCUCCGGCACAAACAUAUGGCCCGCCGGCUCAGACAUACGGACCACCGACUCAGUCGUAUGGGCCACCGAUUUACAAACCCAUACUCCCAGUCUACGGACCGCCCCCGAAACCAUCUUACGGUGUACCGUAUGGCAUGGCCGGUUUUAAUUUCUUCGACAAACUGUCUUUGAAAUUAGACAUCCUAACGAUUGCAAAGGUGCUCCUCAAAUUUCUAAUAUUCAAGAAGAUAGUGACAAUGCUGGCUGUAGUUUGUAUGUUGCUUGUGAUACCAAAGCUAAUCAAUUUCAAAAAAGACGACGCUGUUAAUAAGGAUGAAGAGGACCGGAGCUAUGGAGCUAGAAACGUGGUGCAGUUAACAUCAGCGCAGCAGUUGUUGGAACGCGCAAUCCUUGUCUACGGAAGGCAGGAACCUUCGUGUGGCGUUAUUUGUCGAAUGCGCAGAGUCGUCGACGACAUUUACGAAUUCCAACCUUAUACUAGAAGUAACAAUGUUGGCUCGUUGUUGUCAUUAUAAAGAGAAGCUAAAAAUGAGUCCGGUGCCAUCGGCGUUAGUCGUGAAAACUACCUACGCAAUUCUACUAUUUAUUGAUUAUAAAUUAUUUAGUUAGUGAUUAUUUAUUAUUAAUGUAAGUUAAUAAAUAAACAAUUAAUAUUGAA